ACAGUCUCUCACAUGUAGAAGUCACAGCAGCUGCAUGAGUGGGAGAUCAUGAAACCUCAACUUCUUGAGAGGAAUUGAGCGUACACGUCAUGGAUCCUAAAGACGUUUACUGACAGGGCUGCUUAUAUAUUUCAAUAAAUAACAGGACACCUAGGUCCCCCUGUAUAAUUCAUAUUUCAAAGAGAAUAUGGUUUAUCACCAGACAAGUCUGAAGCCCGCCUGCACACCGUCCAAAAUACGUGCAGUGAUUAAUAUCAGCUGAAUAUAAUUAGCGUUUUUUUUUCUCGCAACAGGACACGCGGGCUGCUUUAAUAACACAACAUCAGCACGAGCGCGUGGAGGAGGCACCUGGGACUGAAGCGCUCUCCUCUCGCACACAGACGGGAUCGGCGCGCGCUGGACAUGAGGAGGACCUCAUCCCGAGCCUGAUUUCCUGCGGUCCCGGCCAUCUGUGUGCCUUCAAUCACACCGAGAUCCACUCACAAAAAGGCCCAGCCGCAGACGACCAUGGAGCUGGAGCAGAGCUGCAGUAUAGCCAAAAAGAGCAUCAUUACCAAAAUGUUUAAAGUUCGCAAAAGGAGAGAGAUGCUGUUCGUGCAGGUGUGCUUCAUCAGCAGCUUCUUGUUCUUGGCUUGGUGUAUGUCGGCGUUACUCACAAAAACAGGUCAUGGGCUGGUGCUUCAGGAGGGGUUUGAUGUUCCCAGAGAUCACCUGGGCCGGAGACUUAUGGCCACAGUGGGAGACAAUGAGACCGAGAAGAACUGCACAGAACCAGCAAUCCACGAGUUUCCCGAGGAUAUAUUCACCAACAGACAGCGUACUCAAGGAGCUGUACUUCUACACAUAUUUGCGGCUCUAUAUAUGUUUCUGGCCCUUGCUAUUGUCUGUGAUGACUACUUUGUGACCUCUCUAGAGAAGAUCUGUGAGAAACUGCACCUGAGUGAAGAUGUAGCAGGAGCGACCUUCAUGGCAGCUGGAAGCUCUGCCCCCGAGCUGUUUGCCUCUAUAAUUGGUGUGUUCAUAACACAUGGAGAUGUUGGGGUGGGUACCAUAGUGGGCUCAGCUGUGUUCAACAUCCUGUGUAUCAUCGGUGUGUGUGGGAUAUUUGCGGGGCAGGUUGUUUUUCUCACCAAGUAUGCUGUGUUCAGAGACUCCAUCUACUACAUUUUAUCUGUGGUCGCCCUUAUUGUAUUUAUUUAUGAUGAUAAGAUUUUGUGGUGGGAGAGUCUGAUACUGAUCCUCAUGUAUGUUGGCUACAUUAUCAUCAUGAAGUUUAACACUAGCAUACAGAACUACUUUUCGGGGAAGAAAGACAAAAAGGUCACCAAUGGUAAUACGGUCAUCAGCGAGAUGGAGGAUGUAAAGCACACUGAGGAGUACACUAGGGGCUCUGUUGUAAUGGUGGACGAGAUGAUAAAUUCAAGCCCUCCGCAUUAUCGGUUCCCAGAGGCCGGCCUCAGGGUCAUGAUCACCAACCACUUUGGGCCCAAGACACGUCUGCGCAUGGCAAGCCGACUUAUCAUCAAUGAGCAGCGGCUGGUGAAGACGGCCAAUGGGGUGGAUGCAGUGUUGGUGGAUGAUAAGAAAGCUGACACCAUAGAAAAUGGCAACGUAGCGGAGGAAAAACUCACUGAGGAGUCGGAAAGUGAGCUGUCAUCUCCCUUCGUCUUGCCUGGGGGCGCUAUGGAUAAAGUAAAGUUUUUCAUUUCCUGGCCUGUUUUGGUAUUGCUGUUCUUCACCAUACCCAACUGUGCCAAACCUCGGUGGGAGCGCUUCUUCAUGCUGUCCUUCUUCCUCUCUACACUGUGGAUCGCCAUCUUCUCCUACGUCAUGGUGUGGAUGGUCACAAUCGCUGGAUACACACUUGGAAUCCCAGAUGUCAUUAUGGGUAUAACUUUCCUGGCUGCGGGCACCAGUGUUCCCGACUGCAUCGCCAGUCUCAUUGUCGCACGACAAGGGCUGGGGGACAUGGCUGUCUCCAACACGAUUGGCAGUAACGUCUUUGAUAUCCUCGUUGGACUCGGCGUUCCCUGGGGCAUUCAGACAAUGGCUGUCAACUACGGCUCUGUGGUUCAAAUCAACAGUAGAGGAUUGGUUUACUCUGUUGUUCUGCUGCUGGGUUCGGUGGCUUUAACUGUGCUGGGGAUCCAUGUGAACAAGUGGAGGUUGGACUUUAAGCUGGGCAUAUACGUGCUUGUUCUGUAUGCAAUCUUCCUCUGCUUUUCCAUCUUGAUCGAAUACAAUGUCUUCACUUUCGUCAACCUGCCCAUGUGCCAAGAAGGUGUCUAGGCUAGAUGAUUUCCAUGGGCUUGGACCCAAAAUACCUCCGGGAUAAACCUGCAACCAAAAUCACCAAUGAUCCUGCUGUUUCCUCUCUAUUUAAACUCCCUACUGUUGAAGAAAACCACCAUCUCCCACUGCGCAUUCAAACCACUGUGGCUCAGAUGUAAAAAACUGCAUUUCCCAGAAUACCGUUGGAUGCUCAACUUUCUCCAUCAAUUCCAGGAAAUCAUAUUCUCUUUGGCAGCUCUCUUUAUAACUGGAUAUUCUUCCACUUCUGAACCUUGGACAAUCACAAUGCGGCCCGUCAAUGUCUUGAUCAGCAGGAUUCAAAGUGUAAACUUGCAUCACAAACUGCACACAUUCACGGCAAUGAUAAAGAAUGCUGCUCAUUCCCAUAUGCAUUAGCAAUCAACAUUUUCUAAUUUCUGUCUUCCCUUGAGACAACGUAUGAUAUGAACAUAAUGCACUUUAUAUGAGGCAUAACACAACUACAUCAUAUUAAUUGAUUUCCUCCGGAAAGGAAAAAUGAAAGCACGUCCUUGAUGUGGUGCAAUAAAAAGAUGGAAUUGACAUAAAAUGACUGCCCUCGGGCAAGGAAGUGAUUCUCGCAGCUCGUUACACACAAGAAAACUGUUGAAUUAAGACGCAUAGCCGAUGUGAAGUGUUUUCUUUAUGGAUCAUGCGGCGGGGGCAAGCAGUUAUGAAAUCCUUAUGAGCUGGACCAUAUGAUUCCUGCUGAGAGCUUCUGGCAGGUGCCCAUCAGAGAGGUCAGAGUGGACUAGCUGGACACAUGGAAACAGAAGCUCUAAAACUGGACACGUUUUGGUUCCCCUUAACUAUUCCAGAUCUGCAUGAACCAGUCAUAAAGCACACCUCAAAAGCUGCUCGUCACCUCUCGUUCAUACCAGAGCAGAUGACCCUCAGGACCGCUCUUUGCUUGUUUCGUGCAAUGGACGAUGACUGACAACUGUGGCUACUUUGAUAUUUCAAACACAUACUGAUGACAUCACAAACAGAGAUCCUGGAAUUUGAAAACAUGCUACAAAUUGACGAUUUUUAUAUAUAUAUAUAAAUAUAACAUCAUUGAUCCUGUUUGAACCAGUGCUUCCUUACAGAUGUUGGGAGGUAAGGGUGAAUUUACAGUGACCAAAGCGGCCACUUUUUCUUUAUUUCCAAUGCACCGUAACCUCCCUCUCUGGAUAUGUUUUACUGUUUGUCUGUAAUGCAUGAUUUGACACAAAGAAGCCAUUUUUUUAAAGCAGGGCAAAAGCUUUGUGAGCUCACGUCAAUGUUCCUAAAAGGAUGAAUCUCAAGAAAUUUGUUGUCCAGGUCAUAUUUCAUUCCAAAAUCAAAAGAAAAAUAAGUUAGACGGUGCAAGGAAAUGUACGUUUAAAGCCCUUUAAGGUUUAUUUGCAUUGCGACAUUUAUUUUCAUAAAAUGUAAGCACGCUUUCAAACCUGGAUUCUCAUUGCUGUAACAUGCGGACUUCAUACUGUAAUUUGUGCAUACUGUAAUAAAAUAUAUUUAAAUUAGCUAAUUUUAAAUUGCCAUAAUGAUAUCGAAUUAAAAUGUUUUCCAUUACAGUAAUAGGAUUGAGAUUUUGUUAUAGGGUCAUGGAAAUGUUUUGAUUUUUCUUUUUUUUCUUUUUUCUUUUUUGUAGUAAUGAAAAUUACUGUAAUGAGAAUUGAGGUGCACAUUUAAAUCAUUAUAAAUUUAGCUUUUUUUGCAUUACGGUAAUGGAGAUUGUUCCAUUGCAUUAAUGGAAAUUACAGUAAUGUUUGAGGUAGAAAAUGGGCUUCAAUGAGGUCACAAUACAAAAUGAUAAUGUCUUCAUUGACUUCUUUUUCUUUAAGCAUAACAUAAGUAGCUUUCUUUUAGUUUUUCUUUUGGUGAAAUAUGACCUGAACUUGACCCCGAGAGGUUCCCUGAGAUUCACCUCUAAAUGGCAGCUACCGGACCCCCAUUCACUCAGCUGCUAGUGGGCUCAGGAGAGCUGAACUUGAUAGUAGGUGAACGAGCGUGUCUUUUGUGUCUGUUGUCAGUCGUAGAACCCGUCGUUAUGUGCUAGGAGGUGAUGUCGCUGUUGUCUGCGCAAAAAGACAGGUGUUGCAGUAUUUGAUGUACACAUUAUAUAUGAUAUAUGCAAUCUCAGUCGGUGAGGGUCGAGUACGGAGUUUAUAUUUUCAUAGAUGAGCCAUGUUUGUGAAAGCCGCUGAAGUCGCCCACCGCUGUAACACAUGCAUGCAGAUUCUUUCAUCUAAUCUUACGUCACAUAAUUGCCAUUCUGUAGAAUGUGGACUCUAGUUUAGUUUAUUGUGGCUGUGUGCUGUGCAGAAUGACGGUGGUGUCAUGUGGUGAUUCUCCUAAGUUCUUUCUUUGUUCUGUGGUGUUGAUCUGUACGAUGACAUUAUUCAGCUAAAUAGAUACACCAUAUGCACACUGUCGGAGGAGCUUCUAAAGCGUCUUCUUAUGCUGGUUGCCACGUUAAAUCGUUAGAAAGUGUUUCUUUCCAGCAUUAAAUUAAUUCUUUGGUGCCAGUUUCUGACUUUGUUAGUUUCUCCCGGGUUGUUUUGGGAAAUCUAUUUUGCCGGUCCAGUAGACGGUGCAUUUAUAUACUAGAUUUAUUUGAAUCUCACUUGAAGCACACUACUAUCAUUACUUUGUUGCAGGUUAUUUGUGCCAUGCUUGAUGUAAUUGCUACCCUUGUAUUUGAACUGAGAUGAGUAUUUUUUGACAUUUAAUUGUACUUUAUAAACUUCAGACCUCCGGUGUGGUUUGAUUAAUCGUUUCAUUGGGUUACUUCAGAUGGGAUGUCUUUGUUGCCAGUUGUAUAGCACUCUUACAUGAAUAGACUUAUAUGCACUAUCCAUUGUAUGCCUGUUCAGAGGGCAAAAACUAAAAGGAAAAUGCUACAAAUGACUCUGCCACACUUGAAUAUGCACAAGAGUACAAGAACUUCUCAUGCAGUGUCUUGAUUUAUUAAACACACAUGCACAGAUACAUGCGCACCUGCUCCACGAGUGACCUGCUGCACUGUGAGUGGAUCUGCAUACAGGAAACCUUUUGUAAUGUACCGAUUUAAUGAUUUUCAAUACAAGACGUUGGUGUGUAACUUGAAUGUAUUGUCUUGCUCGCAAUGGAUGUAUCCAACCAAUGCAUUUUACUGUAAAGCAAUAAUCUAAAAAGAAUAUGAACCACAAUAUAUGAAGCAUUGUAUUGUAUAGAGAAAAUGAUUAAACUAUAAGGUCUAUAUG